UCCUCAUUGCUCACGUGCUUUGUCACUGCAGUCACAUGACUCUGCACUUCCUUAUUAUCUUCUUUCCUGCGAUAAGAUAAAAAAUACAAAUAUGUAUAUAAAAAAACUGUAAUGUUCGUCAGGUUUAAAAAGAAAGCGUGAUACGACACAGAGGAAUAGUUCCGUCGCCAGGAGGAAUGCUAAUGCUAAACCUGUGAGGUUUAAUAGCUUUGGUGAGAAAUAGGAUUCUUUCUUAAACGGCUCGGGGUGAUUUGACGCAGCCUUGUUCAGCUUAGCUCUCUAAUCAAUCUGAUAAAGGAAGUGAUCAGAUAAUGACCCAGCGAUCCUUGUAGGCGUUUCGAGAUCCACCAGUUCGUCAGGACAGCUGUAUUCACUGAAAUCCCCCUCAACUACUCACAGGUUCACUCUGCUCGCCAGAUAGAAAUUACCCAGACAUGUCGAAGUACACAAGUUUCCCAGAGCCCAGUGAGGAUCACAAUCCAUUCCAGGAUCCUUCAGUGAUUCAACACAGCAGCAGUACAGACUAUCCCACACUGGAUCUGUACAAUCCCUUUGACACCAGGGCGAGUGGGCCUCCGCCUCCUUAUGAGGCCGCGCCACCAACCUCACCACCAACCAUCCCGCCUCAGGCUCUGCCUAGCAGGACUACGCCCACAGAGCCCCGGAAUUAUGGAUCCUACAGCACUCAGCAACCCGUGGUGAACGCCGCAACAGCUGACUUGCUGAAGAAGCAGGAGGAGUUGGAGAGGAAAGCAAGGGAGCUGGAAAGGAGGGAGAGAGAGCUCGACUCCCAAAGCCGUAGCACUGGAUCCUCGUCUCAGAAGAAUUGGCCUCCGUUGCCGUCUUUCUGUCCGGUGGGUCCAUGCUUCUAUCAUGACAUUAACGUGGAGAUCAGCCAGGGCUUUCAGCGCAUCGUCACCAUCAUGUACUACUACUGGAUGUAUUCGGCUUGCACCCUGGUCUUCAACUUCAUCUCCUGCCUUUCUCUGUUUUGUGUGGACACUAAUAGUGGUGUAGGCUUUGGCCUAGCCAUCCUCUGGCUUCUGCUCUUUACCCCCUGCUCCUUCGUCUGUUGGUACAGGCCUGUGUAUAAAGCAUUUAGGAGUGAUAGUUCCUUCAACUUCUUUAUGUUCUUCUUCAUCUUCUUCGUCCAAGUGGUGUUGUACGUCCUUAUGACCAUUGGUAUUCCUGGCUGGGGCUUCAGUGGAUGGAUAGUGGGUCUUGCUGCAUUAAAGACAAAUACCGCAGUUGGAGUGAUCAUGCUCUUGAAUGCAUUGGUCUUCACUGCUCAGGCUGCCAUGGGAGUGGUUCUGCUCAAGAAGGUCCACUCUCUCUACCGGCAGACCGGUGCCAGCUUCCAGAAGGCCCAGGCAGAGUUUGCCACCGGAGUGCUUUCAAACGAAGCCGUGCGCCAAGCAGCGGUGAACGCCACCGCCACAGCAGCACAAGGGGCCUUCACCGGAGCACGUUAGAGUUGAAGGCAACGUGAAUGGGGAUGAGGCUGGGGAGAAACUGAGGAUGAGCCCAAAAAAAAAAAAAAAAAAAAAAGAGUCUACAGGUAUAAAAGAGAAUUCUGUACAUUUUCAAACUUUCAGUCCGACACUGUUAGAAACCAAGCACUAGGCCCUUUUGCUUGUGUUGGAGGAAUAGAUACAAUAGAUCAAUGCAAGAUGAAUAAUUUGAUGGGUUUUUUUAAUUGUUUUUUUGUUGUUGUUUUUUAAGCCUUGUUUAUCAAGCUCUUGACCAUCUCUUGACCACUUGGCUGUCAUUUCUGAACCAUAGUUUAAGUGUCAGUAGCAGUUGAUGGGAUUUGUUUCUUAGUAUUUUAUUGACACUGUGACUGAUAAAAUGAUUAGGAAAGCACUGCCAAGUAGUUUAAACUGCACCACACAGGCACCUCUCUCUUGCUCUCGCUCUCUGUCUCUUGUUCUCUUGCGCUCUCUGUCUUUCUCUCUUGCUCUUUCUCGCGUUGUGCUUUCUCUCUCUUGCACUCUCUCUUGUUCUGUUGUGUGCCCUCACUCUCUCUCACUCGCUCUCACUCUCUCUCUUUUGCAGUCUCUCUCUCUCGCGCUCUCUCUCUCUCUCCGCUACAUAAAUGUGAAAACGCAAAUCUAAGAUCAAAGAUCUAGCCACUUCAAGUUGUCUAAAAAGGAAGCGUAGAGGAAAAACGCAUGAUUUAUUUGAAAGUCACAGGACAGUUACCCGUUUUCUACUGUGCUAUGACAUGUAGUGGUUUGUUAACCCGCUUGAAUAAAGUGUGAAGCACUCCAGAGGCAUCAGAAAUUGAAAACGAGUCAUCAUUCAGAUUCUUGAGUGCCAUCAAAGGGCUUGAUUGCACCACUCUCAUCCUGUAUGAUGAUUUUUUAUUUUUUUUUCCUUCUUCCGAAAUGUUUAAAUCCAAUUAGAAAUAAAACGCUCUACAGUAUAUGCCGCUUCCGACAGGUAAGGAAACGUAAACGAAAAGAAACAUAAAAGAUAAGUGUAUGCUAAAGGAUAAUAAUACUGAUAUUAGUCUAUAUUAAAGUUGCUUUAUAAUCUAAUACUGCAUGCCAAAAUUCCCUAGGCUCUAUGUAAAAACAGUCAGGAGAAAGAUGAAACAGAUCGGUUUAUACGUAACGCUGUCAGCCUUAUUGUCUGCUCCUGCAACUGGCGUAGAGCCUUACGGUUCCCGGAUUUCGUGUUUAUUUUGAAUGGUGGAUCUUCUUUUUCCUGGUCUACCUUUUGUUGUUUGAAAUGGCUGAGUCUUAAAACAUCUUUGGCCACGAGAUCUCAUGAUCCAGCACCUGUUCAUUAACGACUAAUAGCUGUAAAAUGUACAUGUAGACAAAUCUGAAUUAACACACCAUCAGAACACCCACCUUCGUUCUGUCAUUUUGUGAUUAAAACAGUUCCAGUCUGUUACGAGUCAAGCAAACCAGCUAUCAUCCAGGUUAUUAUCUUUCAGUGAUUUGUAUGAAAAUGUAUAAAUGUUACCUAACUGUCUAACGUCCUGUCCUUUUGUUUUCCUGUGAUCGCAAAUCUACAUUUUUGCACAGUGCCAAAUGUAUUUAUCUAAAUCUAUUAUUUUGUUCUCUCAUUGUGUUAUAGGGUUGUUGUUGUUUUUUUGCCUGCUCUAACACACUUGAUCCAAGCCUUCCUGUUUUGAUAGCUAUGUGAGAUCAGGUGAACACUAAAAUGUGCUGUGUGUCAUGUUUGUCUGUGUUGGUCAUUUGUUUUAAUAAAAGUAAUACAUUUGC